ACUCUCAUGAUGAUGAUGAUCUUGGAGCCCGAGUGGUUGGCCAAAAAUCUCGAUUCUAUAUUGAUAAGAGCACUGCGCUUGAAAUUAUGCAGCGAUUAAAUUUCAAAUGGGACCCUAUUCCUUAUCUUGGCAUGUUUGGGAAAUGGGCAACAGUUCCAGAUGAAAAGAUCAAAGAUUUUACCUGGAAAACGUCCGUGGAUGUUGGAUUCGGAUACUUGCUCAGGCUUCAUUUCUGCGAGAGGAGGCUUCAUUUCUGCUAGAGGGGACUUCAGAUGGCAGAGACUAGAAACAGCGUAUUCAGUGUCUCCAUAAAUGACAUGAUUGCAGAAACUAAUGUUGAUAUUGGCAAAGAGAGGAGCGUCGUCAGUGGAAUCCAUUUGCACAGAGACUAUAUGGUGAUGGUGAAAGGAAACAAAGAAGAUGGCAGGCGUGAUCUAUCAAUUUCCCUGCAGUUAAAGGAUGAAUUGGUAAGUGAACUCUUCAGAGGAUUGGAGAUAUUGAAGUUGAGCAACCACGAUAAUAGUCUUGCAAGUCCAAACCCCUCCCCUCCCAGACGAUCUUCAAAAUCCGCUACACUGCUAAAUUUACUGUCAUUUUUUGGUCAUGGAAAUGCAAUUGCUACUGGUGCAGUAAUUAUAAUCUCCCUAGUCAACAUCAUUACUUAUAAGUUGCGGAAAAUUUGGGAAGAUAACUGUACUGACUCUGGAUGCAAACCAUCAGGCUUGACUGAAAAACUAUGUCGUCCUUUUUCACUUACUGAGAUCCAAUCAGCUACUGAGAACUUCAAUGAUGCACUUGUAACUGGGAGGGGUGGAUUUGGCAAAGUAUACAGAGGAUUUAUUAGUAAGGAGCAAAAGAUUGUAGCCAUAAAACGAUUAAAAUCAAAUUCCAGGCAAGGGGCACGUGAGUUUUGGACAGAGGUCGAAACCCUUUCGAAGCUCCAACACACUAAUAUCAUUUCUUUAAUCGGAUACUGCAAUGAGUGCCAAGAAAUGAUCCUUCUCUAUGAAUAUGUCCCUAAUGGUACAUUGGCUGACAAUCUCUUUGGACUCGGUGGAGAGAGUGAUUAUCACUCCUCUCUCUCUUGGGAGCAGCGACUGAGGAUCUGCACUGGGGUAGGCCGAGGAUUAGACUACCUUCACACUGGCAAUGAUCAAGGAAUCAUACACCGUGACAUAAAGGCUUCAAACAUCCUGCUGGAUGAAAAUUUGGAGUCUAAGAUUUCAGAUUUCGGGUUGGCCAAAGCUCGAAAGAGAAAUCGGGUGCAAAGCUAUGUCAGCACUAACGUUAAAGGUACAUUUGGGUAUUUUGACCCAGACUAUUUCAGAACCCGUAGGUUGACAAGGAAGAGUGACACAUAUGCCUUUGGGGUUGUGUUGUUGGAAGUAUUGUGCGGAAGACCAGCACUGGAUCGAAGAGUCAAAGAGGAUGAGCAGGGGCUCACCAUUUGGGCUCAAGAUUGCAUCAGCAAAGGAGUAAUUGAUCAGCUUGUUGCUCCAAGUCUGAGGCCCAAAUAUCACCAGAGAGCCUGAUGACAUUUCUUGAAGUUGCUAAAAGAUGCUUGCAUGAUGAACCAAAUAAACGGCCUACAAUGGCUCAAGUUGUGGUACAACUUGAGUCUGCACUGGAGCAGCUGGAAAGCUCAAAAUCUUCUGCUCCAGAGAUAGCCUGUUCUGAUAGUGUCGUGUCUUGUGCUGGGGAAACUCUCCAUUCAAUUAGCGCCGAGAUAGAAGAAAAGUCCUCUGUGGAUGAGCAGAAUAUGCCACUCUCUCUUUCUGAAAGAAGCAAAAUGGUUCAGAAUGCUGAGCCAUCCGGCAGAGAAGCACAAGUGUAUAAGAGAAACAAAACUGCUUAUAAGCUACCACGGUUUUUGCCAUGGAAUGCAUUAUGGAAAAGGGCAAACAUAACAAAGAAAAGCCAAUUAUCAAUACCAGGUAUUGAAUGACCGCACACAACUUUGAUAAUAACUUCGUAAUUGGAAGAGAUUUCAAGUGGUUGUCUCAGAAACUCACCCAAAGCUCAAUAAGAAGAAAUAGAUGCAGUUUAAUAUACUAUAUAUUCUUGUCGUGUGGUCUGUUAUCUGUUUACCUUGUGGAUUCAUUACGAUAAAGCGUACGUAGAAACAUUUAUAAUUGGAGCAGCCAAGCCUGAAAUUAAUCUUAGGCUUGUCUGAGACAUCUAUUUCUUAUAAGUUCUAUCUGUGUGUUUGUGUGAAUGCAAAUGUCUCAGAUAUUAUUAUCAAAAUGCAUCUCAUUUUUUGAUGUUUCAGUAAAUGUAGAAAUGAAAAGGAGCACCAAAAAAGGAUUCAUAUGAU